GAAAAUUACUGACCGACCUUUUGAUGUCUCUUUCAGGGACACCUGUGUGGUUCUUUGUGAAAAUUGCUCCAAUUCGAAAUGAACAGGAUAAAGUGGUUUUAUUUCUUUGCACUUUCAGUGACAUAACAGCUUUCAAACAGCCCAUUGAGGAUGAUUCAUGUAAAGGCUGGGGGAAGUUUGCUCGGCUGACCAGAGCACUGACGAGCAGCAGGGGGGUCCUGCAGCAGCUGGCUCCCAGCGUGCAGAAAGGCGAGAACGUCCACAAGCAUUCCCGCCUGGCUGAGGUUCUACAGCUGGGCUCAGACAUCCUUCCCCAGUACAAGCAAGAGGCACCAAAGACUCCCCCUCACAUCAUCUUACAUUACUGUGUUUUUAAGACCACGUGGGAUUGGAUCAUCUUGAUCUUAACCUUCUACACAGCUAUCCUGGUCCCUUACAAUGUCUCCUUUAAAACCAGGCAGAACAACGUGGCCUGGCUGGUUGUGGAUAGUAUCGUGGAUGUGAUCUUUUUGGUGGACAUUGUGCUGAAUUUUCAUACUACUUUUGUUGGACCAGCUGGGGAGGUGAUUUCUGACCCCAAACUCAUCCGCAUGAACUACCUGAAGACGUGGUUUGUGAUUGACCUUCUGUCCUGUUUGCCAUAUGAUGUCAUCAACGCUUUUGAGAACGUGGAUGAGGUUAGUGCCUUUAUGGGUGAUCCAGGGAAGAUUGGUUUUGCUGAUCAGAUUCCACCACCCCUGGAGGGGAGAGAGAGUCAGGGCAUCAGCAGCCUAUUCAGCUCACUGAAGGUUGUCCGGCUGCUACGUCUUGGGCGAGUGGCCCGUAAGCUGGACCACUACAUUGAAUACGGAGCCGCUGUGCUGGUGCUGCUGGUGUGUGUGUUUGGGCUGGCUGCUCACUGGAUGGCCUGCAUCUGGUACAGCAUUGGGGACUACGAGAUCUUUGAUGAAGACACCAAGACCAUCCGCAACAACAGCUGGCUCUACCAACUGGCGAUGGACAUUGGCACCCCUUACCAGUUCAAUGGAUCUGGCUCAGGGAAGUGGGAAGGUGGUCCCAGCAAGAAUUCCGUCUAUAUCUCCUCAUUGUAUUUCACUAUGACCAGCCUUACCAGCGUGGGCUUUGGAAACAUUGCCCCAUCCACAGACAUCGAGAAAAUCUUUGCAGUGGCCAUCAUGAUGAUUGGCUCACUUCUCUAUGCCACCAUCUUUGGGAACGUGACGACCAUUUUCCAGCAGAUGUACGCCAACACCAACCGGUACCAUGAGAUGCUCAAUAGCGUUCGGGACUUCCUGAAGCUCUACCAGGUGCCAAAGGGCUUGAGUGAGCGAGUCAUGGAUUAUAUCGUGUCUACCUGGUCCAUGUCCAGAGGCAUCGACACAGAGAAGGUUCUGCAGAUCUGCCCCAAGGACAUGAGAGCUGACAUCUGCGUGCACCUGAAUCGCAAGGUGUUCAAGGAGCACCCAGCUUUCCGGUUGGCCAGUGACGGCUGCCUGCGGGCACUGGCCAUGGAGUUUCAGACAGUGCACUGCGCCCCAGGGGACCUUAUCUACCAUGCAGGAGAGAGUGUUGACAGCCUCUGCUUCGUGGUCUCCGGCUCCCUGGAGGUGAUCCAGGAUGAUGAGGUGGUGGCUAUUCUAGGGAAAGGAGACGUGUUUGGAGAUGUGUUCUGGAAGGAAGCCACCCUUGCCCAGUCCUGUGCCAAUGUUAGGGCCUUGACCUACUGUGACCUGCAUGUGAUCAAACGGGAUGCCCUGCAGAAAGUGCUAGAAUUCUACACAGCCUUUUCCCACUCCUUCUCCCGGAACCUCAUUCUCACCUACAACUUGAGGAAGAGGAUCGUGUUCCGGAAGAUCAGCGACGUGAAGCGGGAGGAGGAAGAGCGCAUGAAACGCAAGAAUGAGGCCCCCCUGAUCUUGCCCCCGGACCACCCUGUCCGGAGACUCUUCCAGAGGUUCCGACAGCAGAAGGAGGCCCGGCUGGCCGCGGAGAGAGGCGGCCGCGACCCGGACGACCAGGAUGUGGAGAAGGGCGGUGCCAUCCCCGAGCACGCGGCCAACCACAGCCUGGUGAAGGCCAGUGUGGUCACCGUGCGUGAGAGCCCCGCCACGCCCGUGGCCUUCCAGGCGGCCUCCGCAGCGGCGGUGUCGGACCAUGGCCGGCUGCACGCGCCCGGCGCUGAGUGCCUGGGCUCCAGGGCAGCCGGCGGCGACUGCGCCAGGCGCAAAGGCUGGGCCCGCUUCAAGGAUGCCUGCGGCAAGGGUGAGGACUGGAGCCAGGUGGCCAAGGCCGAGUCCAUGGAGACGCUCCCCGACAGGACCAAGGCGUCCGGAGAGGCCACCCUCAAGAAGACAGACUCUUGUGACAGCGGCAUCACCAAGAGCGAUCUGCGUCUGGACAACGUCGGUGAGGCCAGGAGCCCUCAGGACCGGAGCCCCAUCCUGGCGGAGGUCAAGCAUUCUUUCUACCCCAUCCCCGAGCAGACGCUGCAGGCCACGGUCCUGGAGGUGAAGCACGAGUUGAAGGAGGACAUCAAGGCCUUGAACACCAAAAUGACAAAUCUUGAGAAACAGCUCUCUGAGAUACUCAGGAUAUUAACUUCCAGAAGAUCCUCUCAGUCUCCCCAGGAGCUGUUUGAAAUAUCGAGGCCCCAGUCCCCAGAAUCAGAGAGAGACAUUUUCGGAGCAAGCUGAGUGGUCUAAAAAAAGAGUCAAAGACCAAAACCCACCGCCCUUCCCUGGACACCAUCCCCACCACACACACCUACAUGACCAACAACUUCCAAAGUAGGCUUUCCUGACAGAAAAUCAAAGUGGGACCAGUCGCUUAGGCAAGCGCGCUCUUUCUCUAUCUGGGCACAGAUACGGGAAGAGGCUUGUGUUACCACCCUGCUAGAUGACAGCUGUUUUCCAGCUGUCUGCACAAUUUUGGAAGAGGGGGCAUGCUGAGGGUAUUUUCCUUCAUUUUUAAUUUUUUUACUGCCACGAUAUUUGUAAAAGAUGACAACCCACCAGAAAAGAAGAGCAGCUAUUUGGGGAUUGGUGGGAAAGCACUGGAGAACCCCUCAUGUAUAUACCAGACUGGGCUCCUUCACCAAGACCCCAAAGACUGCGGUGGGCACAGGGAUUUCCCAGCAUUCCCUGUCCUUGUACAGCCCAUGUCUGUUGUCACCUUAUAUUUUCCCACAGUCAUCAUUUGUAACAAGCUCGGGACAAGGGGAGUUUGAGGGCCAGAGAGGUUAGGGCCUUGUGACUUUCUGUCUUUAAGGCCGGAAAGCAGGGUGGUGCUCUGGGCGCCUCCUCGGCUCUCCUUUCCCAAGUGUAAGAGCUGCACGGGGCCCUUCAGGAGGCAGAGAAUCUCUGGGCUGUGGUCGGCAGCCUGCUGUCACAGGAGAGGCCUCAGAUGAACCUCUGGCCCUGCUCCAUGCCACUGGCCUCAUUGCAUGGGCCCCUUUGCUUCUUUUCCUUCUCGGCCUCUUCCCAAGUGUUCCUGUGGCAUUUCUCAGGGUGUGGGGCACCGGCAGGAAGGGUGAUGAGCCCAGAGUUGCUUUACUAGCAAAGCAGACACACAGACACACACAUACAACCUCAGAAAAAUGAUUGUAGCAAGUCCUCUGUUUAUAUUAUGAUUCUCACCGGGAUUGAUGGCCCUUCAGCAGUUUGCAUUAUGUCCAUUGCAUGGGGUCGUUAUAGGACACUUGGGAGCCAUGCCUGGCCUUAUUUUAAGAUUAACCUUUCUUUUACUAAAGGUCAGUAGGAUUUCAAGAAAAACCAUGAAGACGUCAGGGUCACGGUUGUACUUGCUUCAGGAACAGAAGGAGAAUGAGGUGGCAGGUUCUCAAGCUGUGUGAGGUGAUGGACAGAGACGGCCAUGGAGCUGUGGGCCCAGAGAAGGUCUGAGCUCAGAGGGACAGUCACAGAGCCACCUGUGGGUCAUCCAGGUCCCUAUGCCAUGAUGCUUGGGGACACCCCAUGGCCUCCUAGUCACCUGGGGUCAGAUUAUUCACGUGCUCCUUUCAAUGGCAUCGGAGAAAGGAAAGAGGGCCCUCCCAGGCAGAGUGGAGCUAGCUCAGGGGUUAUGCCCUGCCCUAACAGUUGACAAGCAGGGUUGGAAGUUCAGCUCUAAGAACUAGCUUGGAGAGAGUAGAAUUAGGACCUGGACUAUUGGUGACAGCAGGGACCCAGCCAGCAUGUGUCACACUGCAUGUGUCACACUGCAGCACCCUCACCCUUAGUGCUUGGUGUAGCUUAGCUGUACAAAUCCAGAACCGGUGUUAAUCCCCUCAGUACCGAAGGGGACCUGCCAGGCUGGCACUUGCCCUACCAAAGAUAGAAUUUCUGAAGGCCUCCCGUCUGGGCCCAUCUCUCCCCUCGGCCCUUUGGUCCUGUUCGGUGGCCAUGGCAGAUCCCAGGACGUGGCCCUCAGUUGUCUGGGCAAAAUGGGGCUGUCCUCUCCCGGCUGCCAGCAUUGGUGCAGAUGGCCCUGGGGAACAGAGUCCAGGGGGUCAAGGGAAGGGCCCUUCCCCAGGGGUCCCCGUACACUUAUGCAGCUUCUCAUGGGAGGCUUACCGGGUGGCCGCUGGCUUCCUGAGGCUGCAGCAUUAUUAGAUUUAGCCUCAGACGGCAGCAUACAAAUAGGAGGAAGUGUAACUUCCCAAGGCCAAGUCUUAACUGUUUGUGACUCUAGAUAAAGCACUGAGACUUUCAGUCUCUUUGAGAAGCUGCCAACUAGUCCAGAGACUAUAAAAUAUCUGGAAUCCCAUCUGCCCCCAGAAUGUUCUAGUUUGCUGUUCCUUAAAUGUGCUCAUUAGCCUGCUUCUAAAGUUUAGUACCCACUACUUUUAAGUCAGGGCAAGGGCCCUGGAUGACUCUAUCAUCCAGCUUCAGAAGC